GAAAGUUUUAUUCAUUUUUUUUAAUGAAAUCAAAGUGAAUAGUAGUUACAUAAAUGUAAAACCAUUAUUCAUUGAGUUGAAGUUAUGUUACUAAAUGUUAAACUUUGUACUGUUUCAGGUCAGUAUAGAACAACCUACUGUCUAAACACAUGCAUAUAUAUAUAUAUAGAUAGAUAUACAUGUUUAUGUAAAUAAUAAGAGUUAUAUUUUACACUUCUUAUAGUUUUAUUUUUCAUUCAUAUUAUCAAUUAUAUAAAAUCAAAUCAAAUCUAAUAUGGAAUGUAAAAAAGCUGUUGUUAAAAAUGCUGAUAUGUCAGAUGAUAUGCAACAAUGUGCUGUUGAUAUAGCUGCUCAAGCAAUGAUUGAAUAUAAUAUAGAAAAAGAUAUUGCAGCUUAUAUUAAAAAACAUUUUGAUAAAAAUUAUGGUCCAACAUGGCAUUGUGUUGUUGGUAAAAAUUUUGGAAGGUAACUAUUUAUAUUCAAAAUGUUUUCUUUGUUUGUUUCUUUUAAUCAAUAUUGUUUGAUUACACUAUUUGAGAUAAUCAAUUAUUGUAGUUGAUAAUUUAAGAUGUACUAUGUUAUAGAAAAUGAAAUUAUUUGUUGAAGUUCUGUUCUCUGAAUUGGAUGGUUUGGUUGUGGAACAUUCAUCGUUCUUCUGAACUUUAGAUUCGUGCUGAUGACAGAGUUCAGGAGAACAAUGAAAGCUUCACAACUGAAUCAUCCAACUUAGAGAAAAAAAACCCCAUCAAAAUCAUCCAUCUGAGCUACAAAUCUUCACUACUAUCUCGAAAUGAUUUGUUUUUCAUCCAGAAUAUAACAUUGAUUGGUUUAUUUUCGAAAAGUUGAUAUGUAAUUAAGUAAAUGUCAAACAUUAGAAUUGGCAUAAUCUUUCAGUUUAUUGUUAUUGGAAAUAUGGCUCAUAAAUACACCAUUAUUGAGUAAUUCAUCAUUAUUUGAACAAAUAAUCUACAGUUACGUAACACAUGAGACCAAUAAUUUUAUUUAUUUCUAUCUACAAAAUGUUGCGGUACAAUUAUUUAAAUCAGGAUAAAUAAUCAAUUACAUAAUUGAUAUAAUUCAAUGCACAUAUUCAUUUGUUUUCAAUGAGUAGAACUAUAACAACAACAACAACAACAAUAAAAUAAAGAAAAAAGAAGAAAAAGAAAAGAAAAGACAGUUUUAAUUCAUUCUGUAUACAUUAAAUUUUGUUAAAUAAAUCAUUUAUAAAUUUGUUGAUAUUUCAUAAUC